GACGCUUGCCCAAAUGCGCAUGCGUAGUAACCCACGUGUAACAGAAAGCACAAUAUGGGGAAGAGAAGGAGAAGAGAUGAGGAUGUCAGCUCCCUGACCAAGAAGCAGAAGAAGCAUCUGAAGGAGUUCGGGGAACAGCAUCCUUUUUAUGACAAAGUCUCAAAUGUACAAGAGAGAACGCAGCUGGUCGAGCUGCCUGAUGGUUCUGAGAAUGAGUCACAUUCAGAGAGUGAGGCUGAGAGUGAAGAAGAGAAAGCCAACAUGUAUCAGAAGCUGCUGGCAACAUUAAAGAAUGUCUCUGAUGAGGAGGAGGAGGAGGAGGAGGAUGAUGAUGAAGAGGAAGAGGUGGAUGAUGAGGAUCAAAUGCAGGAUGAGAAUGAGCCGUUGAGCUCUAAUACAGAAGAAGAGGACAGUGAAGAAGAGCAAGAGGCAGAAGGGGACGAGGAUGUCCAAGAAGAGCAUGUCGCUAAGGGUGAGGAGCGGGGUGAUGAUGACGACAAGCCGACAGAACCUGGAGAUCCAGCUCAGGAAGACGGAGAGGAAUUCACAGACAGCAAACAUGAAACUAAAUUUAGUUUAGAAGCCAAUUUCUUGGAAGAAGAUGCAGAAGGCCAGAAGAAUGAGACUGCAGAGCCCUCUGUGAUAACUUCUGAAGAUCCAUUUAAAAAACACAUUGACCGAGAACUAGAAGAAGACGAUGUUAACCAGAUCACAGCCAACCCUAAAACAUCUUCAUCUCUGAAGUGGCCAGCGCUGGGUCAGUUGGUGUUUUCCUCCGCCUUAAAAAAGGUCCAUCCAUUAAAAUCUGAGAAAGAAACUGAUCUGACCAAGCUAUAUCUCCGCAAACCCCUGGAUUCCAUGUGGCCCAGCGUCAACAGCUCUUUUCUUACCGGAGAGAGCAAUCCAAACUUCACCGCGCUACAGAGAGAACUGUUCACCGUAAUGAACUCUUACAAAGACUUGUAUUAUCCGUCCAGGAUGGCGACCGCUCAGGGGGAGGAGGUCCGACACAUCUACUGCCUUCAUGCUCUCAAUCAUGUGCUGAAGGCUAACGCGCUGGUGCUUAGCAACAACGCCAAAAAGAGAGAUCAGAAGACGGCGCUGGAUGAUGAGGAGCUGCGUGACCAGGGCCUUACCAGACCCAAGGUCCUCAUAGUUGUGCCGUUCCGGGAAUCCGCCCUGCGAGUGGUGCAGCUUUUCAUCAGUCUCCUGGAGGUUCCAGGCAGGAAAGUGGAUGUGAGCAACAAGAAGCGAUUCAAGGAUGAAUUUGGCUCUGCCCCAGAAGAUAGACCUCCUAAUCUAAGAAGGCCUGAGGAUUAUGAAGCCAUAUUUGCUGGGAACAUUGAUGACCAUUUUAGGAUAGGUUUGUCCAUUCUCCAGAAGAGCGUGAGACUGUAUUCGCCCUUCUACUCUUCUGACAUUAUCAUCGCUUCUCCUCUCGGUCUGCGUACCAUCAUCGGCAGUGAAGGCGAGAAGAAGAGGGACUUUGAUUUUCUUUCUUCUAUAGAGGUCCUAGUCAUCGAUCAGGCUGAUAUCUACCUGAUGCAAAACUGGGAGCAUGUGCUGCAUCUGAUGUCUCACCUUAAUCUGCAGCCGAAAGACUCUCAUGGUGUGGAUUUCUCCCGUGUUCGCAUGUGGAACCUCAGUAACUGGGCCAAGUACUAUCGGCAGACGCUGCUGUUCAGUGCCUUGCAGGACCCCCAGAUAAACUCUAUAUUUAAUAAGCAUUGUUUUAAUUACAGUGGACAGGUGGCUGUAAGAAACAUGCCAAUAACGGGCUCCAUUAGUCAAGUCCUGGUGCAGCUCCCGCAUGUCUUUCAGCGUCUGGAGGCAGACAGUGUGCUCUCUGUAAUUGAUGCUCGAUUUAAGUUCUUCACUAACAAGAUCCUGCCUCAGUAUCGAGACGCCAUCAUGUCGCACACCCUGAUCUACAUCCCGUCCUACUUUGAUUUUGUGCGGCUCCGAAACUACUUACAAAAAGAGGAGCUCAAUUUUACACACAUCUGUGAGUACACGGACAAACCCGGGAUCUCUCGAGCACGCCAGUUCUUUCUGAAAGGAGAGAGACCGUUCCUUCUGGUCACAGAGAGGUUUCACUUCUACAAGAGGUACAGUCUGAAGGGCAUCCGAAACCUGAUCUUCUAUGAGCUCCCUACUUAUCCUCAUUUCUACAGCGAGGUGUGUAACAUGAUGAAAGCAUGGAACAAGGGUGAGGAAGCGACAUGGACCUGCACAGUGCUGUACUCCAAGUACGACGCCCAGAGACUGGCGGCAGUGGUGGGUGCAGAGAGGACCGCCCAGAUGCUGCAGUCUAAGAAGAAUGUCCACCUGUUUGUCACGGGGGAAAAUAACUAACCUUCCCCAGAGGAAAAACAGACUGAAGCUCACUGAAAUCAAACCCUCUGUUGUACAGAAUUAUUUUAUUAUUUUGUAAGCUGUUCAUACCAUUGCUGGAAUUUUUAUUGUG